AGCAGGUAGAGACUGUCAAUGAGAUCCCAGGGGAGCGAGAGAUAGUCCGGGAGGUAGACUUUGGUGACGGCGUCUGUCAACUUUAUCAACUUUACAUGGAGACCACGAGAAGUUUGGACCGCGUACUUUUCCUACAGUCGCGCGACUCUUUGAGCUUCAGUGAUUUUGAUAAAGGAUUCUUUUUUAACUUCGGCGUCCUCGGUCAGAAGGAUCGUGUCUGAUUUCUCAUAGUGCUACCUACGGAGGCACUGAACCCAGUGAGUGUGUGUGUGUCUGUGUGGGACUGUCUGUGUGAGAGUGUGUGUGCUUUUAACAGUCCGCGGCGUCAGAUGAAGACCGGCAGCAGAAUAAGCUGUUUCAGAAGCCGUUUGAUUACAAAGUUGUAAGUGGAUUACGACAACCGUCCGUUCCUUUAGUUAAUAAUUAGAUAAAACUCAAUUUAACUACUUCUUCAAGGUAUUUUUUCGCAACUCCUUCAGUUGUAAAAUUAUUACCCAACUCGUUGGCACCACAUUAUCUACCAGCAUGCCUUAUAACCUUCCGGCGGCAACCUGCAUCCCAGCCUUUGAAGUCCGAGCCUUGGCCUGUCUGCGUGUUUUUGUGUGGAUUUAUCCAGAAAAUGUGGCGCCCGCGGGAUGUACGUCCAUCUGAAGGUGUUUAUCAACUCGUGCUUGGUCGCACAAUGUGAUUUCCAUGUACAGUGACCGGUGCACACUGUAAUGUUUGGUUCGGAUGUACGGAUAAAGAUUGAUACUGUGUUUCCAGGAGCUGCCAGUCUCAAAAGAGGAUACAACAGUUCCACUCCACAAAUGAGGACUUUAGUUGUGUUGUCGUAUGAAGACCAGGCUGCCUGAAACCAAUGCGCACUUCUUCAGGCUCUAACACAACACAACGUGUCUUCACGGUGCAUUUGAGUGUACAAUGAUUCGCCACCCACAUUAAUGACACUGGAUAAAAGUUAGUUCACGCUUAUUUUAUCCCGGAAGACUCAGUUUAGUGUAAGGAAGCGCUCCUUUGCUCCAUGUGGGCUCUGAGUGUGUGCAUUUCUAUACCGUGUCCAGUUUGAAUAUUAACUCUGCUGCUGAAUGGAAAUUUUAGGACAUUCACGCAUGAGUUAUGAUGGCAAACCUCCAGCUUUAAAACUUUGGAUGCUAUCUGUUUUGCAGUAGUCGUCGAGGCUGAAGGAAGAAGUGGGACUCCUAUUUAAAUAUUUCUCCGUUCUGUCUCUCCGCGGUGCUUGCCUGCUUUGAAGUCCACCAUGUGCGGCCGGGCACCGCCGCUACAGCCGAGGCCAUGACCGUCCCCCAGCGGCGCCUGGCCGGGCUCUGGCCGUGGCUGCUCAUGGCGGCCCUGCAGGUGGUGCUGGGCCAGCCGGGCCUGGAGUCCGAACGUCCGGCCCUGCGAGCGGUCAUCAAGGUGGCACUGCUGAAUCAAGAGCCGGCGGGGAAGCCUAUCACUCUGGAGGGGGUGUUCGUGGGAGGAAGCGCCGGCUUCGCAGAGGGAAAACUAAUGCAGUAUCACCCUCUGUCGCUGUGCAACACGAGCGAGGAUGAACGACAAGAGAGUGACUUCAUCACCAUUGUCAAACUGGAGCACAGGGUACCCCGCUGUCUGCCGCUGCUCGAUAAGGCUCGCAUGGCUCUGGAUAAAGGCGCUCAGGCUGUGAUCUUUGACGUCAGUGAUGAUGCCAACGCUGCUGCCGAGCUGCGAGAAACAGAUUCGCUCCCUCGUCCGGUCGUGCUGGUGGAGGCCGAGGAUGCCGAGGUGCUGAUGGGAUUGGUCAACAAGAACGAGGAGGCCAAAGUUCUCAUCGAGAUCCUGGUGGAGCCGUUGAGAUGGCCACAUUAUGAUGUGGGUAUCCUGCUCACCAUCGUCCUCGCUAUCCUGACCAUCGUGCUGAUCUUCGCUUUCCGUUACAAGUGCAAGUCCAACAGAACCUGGGACUCUGUCCAUCAGCAGACCAUGAGGGCCAUUAGUCGCUUGGAGACAAAAACCUACAACUCUCAAGGCUGCUCCAGCUCUCAGCGCCACCGCGCGGCCUGGGGCUCGGCCAGCAGCUCCAACUCCAGCCCCGUCUGCGCCAUCUGCCUGGAAGAGUUCCAGGACGGCCAGCAUUUGAGGAUCAUCUCCUGUGCUCACGAGUUCCACAAAGACUGCGUGGACCCCUGGCUGCUGCAGCACCGCACCUGUCCCCUCUGCAUGCACAACAUCAUGGGGACGGAGCGGCAGCAGCAGAGGAGCCGACUCCAGCAGAGUCCAGAGCACAGCCAGAGUUUUCUGCACGCUCCGACCUACAGCAGCCCCCGCAACCACCCCUUUCCCCAGCACGCCAUCCCCUUCUCUUUGAGGCCGCAUUACCCUCGAGGACCCUCUGGACCCUACCCCUCUCUGGCCCACUACACCAGCUCGUCUCCCAGAGACACACAGACUGUCCGUUUCCUCCCCAGCCGGCCGCUCGGCUCCAGCUGUGGGUACCACCUCCCUGCAGAGGGUCCUGGGAGGCCCCACAGGAUCGGAGCUAACUGCAGGACUUCCCCCCACCACUACACCCCCCGGCGUAACUGCCACAACUAUCGCUCCUCAUGUCCAGCUCAGCGCAUUGCGUCCAGCUCAAGACUGCCGAACUCUGCCUCCGCCACCCCGCAACCACGCGGGGCUCCUCCCCACAGCCGGCCGGACGAGGGCAGCUGCUCAGGGGGGAGCUACCACACAGAGCGCAGCGGGUACUUAGCUGACGGACCAGCAAGUGACUCAAGCUCAGGACCCUGUCACGGCUCCUCCAGUGACUCGGUUCUGAACUGUACUGACGUAUCCCUGCAGGGGGUUUACGGCAGCUGGUCCACCUUCCGUAGCUCUCUGAGCAGUGACUACGAUCCAUUUGUGUAUUACGGGCCCGGUCCUGGGCGAGCCCCCCGCAGGAACAGCUUGGAGGCCUGUACCCAGGCCCGGCCCAGGUCUCUGGAUUCUGUGGUGAACAAAGCUGGAUGCCCCGAGGAGCAGCCACAAACUGUGUUCAGCCACAUCCACUACCACCGCCACAGACACCACCACUACGAGGAGGGGGAGCACAGCCAGGGCACGGGCAGGGGCUCAGACGAGGAGCAGGGAGCCGCCGCCGCCGCUGCUCCUCCUGCUCCUGCUGCUCCGGUCCUGGACAAAGACUCACCUGUGGGCCCUCCUAAGCACAGUCCCUGCCAGUGCCCAAAGCCAGACCCCACAGACAGGCCCAGUCCUGGGACAGACUGUCAGGACCAUGACCCCAGCAGCCCCUCAGGACCUCCUGUCCUCAUGUCCCCCAUCCCCUUGCAGCUUCAGCCCCACUGCUGCCACCAGGGACACGCACACCCUCCUGCUCCUCUGGGGCGGGUAGGGGGCUGUGUGUUGGACGGCUCCUCUGUCCGCUACCACCAGAGUCUGGACCUUCAGGAUGACCGUAGCAUCCACAUCCACUAUGGUCAGGGUCCUGGUUUCUGCUGCCCCCCUCCUGAGCUACCCCCCGUCCUGCUCCCUGUGCCCCUCAUACUGGACUCUGGAGGUAUGGAGGACUGGCCUUGCUGUGCUGGGGCCCACGUUGUGUGGCAAAAGCGGGUGCAGCAGGCUCGCUCUGAGCCUCAGCUCCUGGGGCCGGGGCCCUCUAUGGACAGACCCCCCUGCAGGUUUCACCACAGUCCUGCUAGUGAACGCAACACAGACAUUUGUUUGUACUGCCAAACAUUACACCACAAUCAGGGAUCAGAGGAGGAGUCUGGUGUGUGAAAACGUGUUUUUUUUAUUUCAUCCCCAUCAUCACGCUGCUACAGGAGCCAGAAUGGACAAGCCUCUCAUUGGCCGAUCGCUCUCAUGUCUUCCACGACUUUCUGUCAGAAAGAUUUCCCAGCAUCCCACAGGAGUCGCACUCAACACGCUGGAAGGUCCUUCGAGUUGAGCUUGGUUGAGUUCAUCCCUCACCAUCAAAACAAUUCUGAUCAUAUCAGGGGGAAAUGUCGGGGAAACGCUGAGCCCUCCAUAACUGUCCGGGAGUGGAAAUGACUCAAAGGGGACGACGUGUUUUUCCAAUAAUCAGUGAAAGCAACAACAUGAUUAGAAGCUCCCCGCUCCUCUGUGACACCUCAUGCAUGGUCUUGAGUUUGGGUGCUGAGCCCACAUGAAGUGAGACACCAUCUUUGCAUAGCCCCCCCUCCCCCCAUCACACAAUAACUUGAUUUAUCUCCGAGGUACUUAAAGCUUCAUUUGAUCUUCUCUCCAGCCUACCUCAGCUCAGAUUUCUUAACGUGCCUCACACACGGAGGCUUUAAAGGUACUGCUGUAGUGACUUAUUUUUAUUUUCUUGUUUUUGCCACAACAAUGUAGCUCCCAUAAACUCCCCAAACACAGUUCAAGCUGUCCACAAGGAGAGAGAGAGAGGUUCAAGCUCAGCCCCUUGUCCAGCUGCUGAGUCUUGCAUGGGCCUUGUAUUCAUUAUUUCAAGAAUGGCAGCUGUUUUCAACAUGUGUGUGUGUUUGUGUUCAGGAUCAUCUCCUGCGUUUUUGUUGUUUUAUUUUUAGUCACUUUUCUUCAAUGAACCAGUUUGACUGAAUUAUGUGGUCAUCAUUACAAGCUAUUGUAUCGC